GGUCGCCUGCCGGUAUGACCGGCCAUCCAUAUAGGCAAUUUAAUUACUUGGCAGUAUGACCGGCCGUCCUCAUAUGAGUUACUGUUUAUCCAGAUGGCAAGCCGCAAGAUUGCGUAAUCAUCGACCUACGGACGUCCGGCCUUCCCGAUGACAAGCGGAAAGUGGCUAGAAAUAUCCUCUUAGAAAAGAAAGGUCAUUUCAAUGGACUCCAUUACCUGCUUGACACGUAUAAGUGAGAAGGCAUGAUUGUGAAAAUAGUACUUCACAUUAUACAAACAGACCCUUAGGACUGGGUGAUUGAAAGGUUCAAAGAACGUUGAAAAUUGAGCAGUGGAUACUUCAUUAAUUUCUCUCUAGUUAAAGUUCUUGCAGAAGGUGUUGAUGGGGGUGAAGUAGGUGAUUGUGAAGUGACUCGAUCAAAGUACUCAUGGCAGUAGAGUGUAUAAGUGGGGCAUUUCUGGCAGCUGCCUUUCAAGUGACUUUAGACAAGUUGGCUUCAAGGGAUAUCCAAGACUACUUCCAUGGAAGUAAACUCAAGGAUAAGAUGCUCAAAAAGCUAGAUAUUGUGCUGAACUCCAUCAACCAAGUGCUGGAGGAUGCAGAGGAAAGGCAGUACAAAACCUCAAACGUGAUGAACUGGCUUGAUCAGCUGAAAGAGGCUAUAUAUGAAGCAGAAUUGCUAUUAGAUGAGGUUGCCAAUGAGGCAUCAAGACAGAAGCUGGAAGCUGAACUUCAGCCUGCAACUAGCAAGGUGAGAGGCUUCUUCAAGGCUUUUGUUAAUCCAUUUGACAUGGAAAUUGCAUCUAGGGUUGAAGAACUACUAGAGAACAUACAAUUUCUUGCAAGCCAAAAGGAUAUGCUAGGAUUAAGAAAGGGGAUUUUUUCUGGCAAUGAAGUUGGAGUCAGUUGGAAACAAUCCAAGCAAUUGCCAACUACAUCCUUGGUGGAUGAAUCUAGCAUUUGUGGUAGAGAGGAAGAUAAAGAGGAAAUCAUAAAACUUUUACUUUCAGACAAUGUCACAUGCAAUCAGGUGCCCAUAAUUAGUAUAGUUGGAAUGGGAGGGAUGGGUAAGACCACCCUUAGUCAGCUUGUGUAUAAUGACCAAAGGGUACUAGAUCAAUUUGAGCUUAAAGCUUGGGUCUAUGUUUCACAAGAUUUUGAUGUUGUUGCUGUCACAAGAGCAAUUCUUAAGGCAUUUGGGUCCAAAGGAGCAGAAGAAAAAGACUUAAACCUACUUCAACUUGAAUUGAAGCAGAGACUGAUGAGAAAGAGAUAUUUCCUUGUUCUAGAUGAUGUUUGGAACGAAGACUAUUCAAGUUGGGGGGUACUGCAGAUCCCCUUCAUUUAUGGACCUUCAGGAAGUAGGAUUCUUAUUACCACUCGUAAUGAGAAGGUAGCAUUGGUCAUGAACUCCUCCCAUCUAUAUCAUUUGAAGCCAUUGGAGAAAGAAGAUUGUUGGAAGCUAUUUUCAGAUGUUGCAUUUCAUGACAAGGAUGCCACCAAAUAUCCAUAUCUUGUAUCAGUUGGCAGUAAAAUUGUUGACAAGUGUGGAGGAUUGCCUUUAGCUUUGAAAGCAUUGGGAAAUAUCUUGCGAGUGAAAUUCUCCCAGCAUGAAUGGGUUAAGAUAUUGGAGAGUGAUAUGUGGCACCUAUCUGACAACGAUGCCAACAUUAACCCUGCUCUUAGAUUGAGUUACCAUAAUCUCCCCUCUUAUUUGAAACGCUGUUUUGCUCAUUGCUCCAUAUUUCCAAAGGGUUAUGAGUUUGACAGAGAUCAGCUAAUCCAACUGUGGAUGGCAGAAGGUUUGUUGAAUUGCUGCCAAAUAAAUAAGAGUGAAGAAGAGUUAGGCAUUGAGUUCUUCAAUGAUCUAGUAGCAAGGUCAUUUUUUCAACAAUCAAGACGCCGUGCUUCGUGCUUCACUAUGCAUGAUCUUCUUAAUGAUUUAGCAAAAUCUGUCUCAGGAGAAUUUUGUUCACAGAUAAGUGGCAGUUUGGAGAAAAUUAUAACCAAAAGAGCACGCCACAUUUCAUGGUCUAGCAAAAUUAACAUUGAUGAUAAAUUCUUGGAGCAUAUUAGUAAGUGUAACAGAUUACGUUGUUUUGUGGCAUUCAAAUGGGAAUUUGGCAGAGGAGGCUUGAUCUACACUGAUAAACAACGUAUUCUGUUGUCUACAUUGAAAUAUUUACGCGUGCUAUCCUUCCAUGAUUGUCUUCUCACUGAAUUAGUUGAUGAUAUAGGCAAUUUAAAGCUUUUGCGUUAUUUAGACCUUUCGUACACUAAGAUUAAAAGAUUGCCUGACUCCAUUUGUAGGCUGCAUAAUCUGCAGACACUGCUACUAUUAUGGUGCUAUGAUUUGGAUGAGCUUCCCAUAGAUUUGCACAAACUUGUCAACUUGCGUCAUCUUGAUUUGCGUAUGAGCGGGAUAAACAAGAUGCCAAACCACAUAGGAAGGCUGAAACAUCUUCGCACACUGACUAGUUUUUUUAUCAGGAAGCAUGAUGUUAAGGAAUUGGGAAAUCUCAGCAAUCUUCAAGGAACACUUUCAAUUUUCCGGUUAGAAAAUGUCACCGAUCCUGCGGAUGCCAUGGAAGCUAAUCUGAAAGGUAAAAAGCAUUUAGAUGGAUUAGUGUUGAAUUGGGGUAACAAAUUUGGAAGGUGCAAUGAAAAUGAGGACUCAAUAAUAGAAAGACAGGUGUUGGAGGCUCUUCAACCAAAUGGGAACUUGAAAAAGCUUUCUGUUUUACGUUAUGAUGGAACCAGCUUUCCAAGAUGGUUUGGGGGAUCUCAUUUGCCCAAUUUAGUGUCCAUUGCACUGACUGAAAGCAAAUUCUGCUUUGUGUUACCACCAUUUGGGCAGCUUCCCUCUCUGAAGGAGCUUUCCAUAUCAUGCUUUUAUGGAAUAGAGGUCAUUGGUCCUGAGUUCUGUGGUAAUGAUUCCUCAAAUACUCCUUUCAGAUCUCUUGAAAUAUUGAAAUUUGAGGAAAUGAAUGCAUGGAAAGAAUGGUGCAGUUUUGAAGAUCACAAUGAAGAAGGCCAAGGUUUGUCUUGUCUUAAAGAGCUUUCUGUGAGGCGUUGUCCAUGGUUGAGAAGGGCCCUUCCUCAACACCUUCCUUCUCUGCAGAAAUUGGAAAUUUGUGAAUGCCCACACUUGGAGGAUUCAGUUCCCAAGGCUGUAAGUAUUCAUGAGAUGAAGUUGCGUUUGUGUGAAAAACUUUUCCUGAAAGAUUUUCCAUCCAGCUUGAAAAAGGCCACAAUUCAUGGAACUUGCAUCAUUGAGGCAUGCCUCCACCAAAUUCUUGUCAACAAUCCCUUCCUUGAAGAGCUGAAAAUCCACAACUUUCAUGGUCUAAAUAAAAAAUGGUCCUCUUUGGAUUUGCACAGACAUGAUUCUCUUGUCACUCUCUCUAUAACAAGCUGGUACUCUUCCUCUUUGCCCUUUGCACUACACUUGUUUUCCAAUCUUCAUUCUCUACUUUUUCAUGAUUGUCCUUUUCUUGAGUCAUUUCCCGAGGGGGGUUUGCCUUCAAGCUUACGCAAACUCGAAAUUGAGGAUUGUCCCAAGCUGGUUGCUUCUAGGGAGAAGUGGGGAUUGUUCAAACUCCAUUCUCUCACAGAGUUAAGAGUUAGUGAUGACUUUGAAAAUGUGAAGUCUUUCCCAGAGGAUGGAUUGCUACCACCUACUCUCAGUGUGCUCUACUUAAUUGCAUGUUCAAAGCUAACACACACAAACUAUAAGGGUUUGCUCCAUCUGAAAUCUCUCAACUCCUUCUAUAUUUUAUGUUGCCCUCUUCUUCAAUCUUUGCCAGAAGCAGCUUUAUCCAACUCUCUUUCUGUUCUCUACAUUCAUGAUUGCCCUUUACUGAAGCAGCGUUACCAAAGGGAUGGAGAGCAUUGGCGUAAAAUUCACCACAUCCCUUCUGUGAUUAUAUCAUAGCAGCAGUUGAAACACAAGCCAAAUUCAUCCAUAUUUUAAUACCCAGUCUAAGCUUUCACAGGGAGAAAAGGGGAAAAGAUAUCUAUUCUACCACAGCUCAUGACGUGAUUUCUUAGAAUAAUGAUACUUUUCACAUCACAUUUUACAACUUUUUACAACACUAAUAAUGCUCCAUGUUUAUAAUAAGUUGUUAAAAUAUUAUUAUAUUUCUUAGUUGACCUACAUCUACGAAUGCAUAUAUAAAGUACUUAUUACAUCAAUCAUUGUGAAGUUAUAAAGAAUCA